CCUCACAAUAGUGCAUUUAUUCAAUUAUUCAUAAAUAGAGAACUUUAGUUAUCAUUAUGGCUUGUACAUUCAGUGAAUUAAGUGCAUUAAUAUAUUUAUAACUCCUGGCGUCUAGAGAAAACGAAACCCAAAUCAAAAGCAAUUAUUUCAACACAGUGAAUUUGCAGAAAAAAUGCCUGUAGCAGACUUUUUUAUAGACAAAAAUGUAUUCAUUACUGGAGGCAGUGGAUUUUUAGGAAAACUGCUGAUAGAAAAGCUACUCAGAUCUUGUCCCGGUAUCGGCAAAAUCUAUGUUUUGUUAAGACCAAAAAGAGGAAGAUCAAUUGAAGAACGCCUUGAAAAACUUAUCGAGUCACCGGUAUUUAAUCCAUUGCGUCAUCAAAAUCCAGAUUCACUUAAGAAACUUAUCCCAAUUAAAGGCGACGUUUCGGAAUUAAAUUUAGGUAUAAACAGAGAAGAUCGUGAGUUACUAGUUAACACUGUAAAUAUAAUAUACCAUUCAGCAGCAUCAGUCCGUUUUGAUGACUUCUUAAAAGAUGCCAUCAUUUUAAAUGUUCGAGGAACGAGAGAGGUUACAAAAUUAGCCCUGGAUUUAAAGAAUAUUUCAAUAUUCGUACACGUAUCAACAGCUUAUUGCAACGCUGAUAAACUUGUAGUAGAAGAAAAACUUUAUCCAGCCCAUACAAACUGGAGGGAUGCUAUUAUGUUAGCCGAAGAAUGUGAUCAACUGACAUUAGAGAUUUUAUCUCAAAAAUAUAUUUCUCCAUUGCCCAAUACAUACACAUUUGCAAAAUCUUUAGGAGAACAGGUUGUUAAUGAUUUGUGUCAAGGAAAGAUACCAGCUGUAAUAACAAGGCCAUCUGUAGUAAUUAACACACUAUCCGAACCAAUUCAAGGAUAUACCGAUAAUUAUAAUGGACCGAUUGGACUAAUUACUGCUACAGGACUAGGAAUCAUAAGGGUAAUUUUAGGAAAUAAAGAUAACAGAGUAGAUUAUAUACCAGCCGACUUCGUUAUAAAAGGAAUAAUAUUGGCAAGCGAAUCACAGGGAAUAAAAAAGGCUUCUGAUCCUGUAGAAGUUUACAAUAUGUCCUAUAGCAAUAUAGCCAAUAUCAGUAUUGGAGAAAUGUCAAAAGUUGGGGACAGACUUUUUAGUGAAGUUCCAUAUUCGCAGAUGUUACGGUAUCCCGUUUCGGUUAUAAUACAAAGUUUUUAUAGAUUUUACAUUGAAGUAAUUUUCUUCCAUAUGUUUCCCUCACUACUUGUUGACUUGGUACUAAGAAUCAUUGGGCAAAAACCAAGGUUGGUUAAUUUACAGAGAAAAAUUUAUAUAGCAUCUAUUGUACUGAUUCAUUUUAUGAAUACCAGGUACUGGUUUUUAAAUGAUAAAUUUAUAAACAUGCAAAAAACUUUAAAAGAAGAAGAUUCUGUAUUUUCAUUUAAACACAAUAGUUGGACUACAGAAGAAAUAUACGAGUAUGUCAAAUUGGGUAAAAUUGGUAUAGAAGCUUAUCUUUUACGAGCCAAACCUGGUCUAACUGGAUCAAAAGCAAAAAAACAACUGAUGAAGUAUUGGCUUGCAGAAAUAGUAUUUAAAACGAUAGUCCUUCUUUUACUUUUGUGGAUUUUUAUAUAUAAAUUUAAUUUUUUAAAUUUAGCUACUACUAAAGUAAUUUGUUAUAUUAAAAAUUUCAGUAGCGAAGAUAUAUAAAAUGUAAUAUACAAAAUAAAAAUAUGUUUGUGAAUAUUA